CAAGUGUCAACUACGAGUACGGUGCGCUUGCUGACGCUCGUCGGUGACAAUGGUAUAGGUAGUGUGUUGUGAGUAACAUUCGGAUGAUGUAGUGACUGGUGACUCAUGGCAGAGUAACAUGCUGCCCGUCUUUGUUAUUUCAUAAAUGCAACAUAUUGUGUUGAAGUGGAAUUACGCGAAAGACUGGCCGUAUUAUUUUCGUACAGUCGCUAAGUGAAAACACGUCUCAGUCAACGCCAAGAAGACUAACAAAUCUGCAUUGUGUUUAAAACCAGAUUCGUAAAUUGCUGUGGCUUCAGUAAGAACGCGCUGACUUUUCAAAAAGGGUGUAAUUCAAGUUUUGGAAUAUGGAGUACUCAGUCAAUACCAGGCCACUCCUUCAACAGAGUGAAAGUGAGAGUGAUUUUGAUGAUGGAGCAGCAACGAAAAAUCAUCCUGCUGAAGAUGAUGACCAUGUUGUCGUCACAGAUGAUGUCAAACCUCUGUUUAAAGUCAGGGAACCGUGUGACAGGUUUAACCUAGCUUAUGUUAUAUUUUACCUCUUGGGAAUGACUACUUUGCUUCCGUGGUGUUUCUUCAUUACAGCAGAUGAUUACUGGAUGUAUAAACUGAGGGAUGUUAAUCAGAGCUCUUUUGAGAUAUAUGACCUCGAUAUUGAUCAGAAAUCAGAUUUGCAAGCCAGUUUCACAGCUUACCUCAGUGUUGCAUCAACAGUUCCCAAUACACUCUUCCUUGUGUUGAACUCCUUACUUAGUCACAGGAUAUCAUUAAAAAUACGAAUGGUGGGAUCAGUUUCGAUUGUUGUCUUACUGUUCAUUGAGACCACAGUCCUGGUAAAAAUAGAUACAGACAAUUGGCAGGAGAUCUUUUUUAUAGUCACGCUGGCAACAGUUGUGGUUCUUAAUAUUGCAUCUGCUGUACUCCAAGGUGGCCUCUUCGGUAUAGUCGCAAAGUUUCCAUCUCGGUAUAUCACUGCUGUUGUCAGUGGUCAAGCUCUUGGAGGAAUAUUUGCUGCCCUUGCAGAAAUUGUGUCCCUAUGCAUUGGAGCCACACCAGUCAACAGUGCAUUUGUUUACUUUAUGAUUGCUGAUGGAACACUGAUUCUAUCAUUGAUCGCAUAUCUGGUGCUUUCACGUUCGGUAUUCUUCCAGUAUUUUACAAAAGAAAAAGAAGCAGUGAGUACACUACAAUAUGAACCUGCUACAAUUGAAGCAAUUGACAGGCAGCCUGUAAGAGAAAUUUCUUAUAAAACAAUUCUCAGUAAGAUGUGGGUGUACGGAUUCUCAGUGUGGAUGACUUUUUUCGUGACCCUUUCUUUAUACCCUUCUGUGACUGUCCUUAUAAAUUCAACAAAGAAAGGGAAUGGUUCUGCUUGGAAUGAUAUCUACUUUGUUCCUGUGGUUGCUUACUUGAUCUUCAGUUUGUGUGAUUACAUUGGUCGAAUCACUGCUGGAAUUUUGAAAUGGCCCCGUGGCAGUGCGUGGCUGAUAGGGCUUAUCAGCAUCUUAAGAGUUGUAUUCAUUCCACUAUUUCUGAUGUGCAAUGCCCAUCCGAGACACCAUGGCAUGCCUUUGCUUAUAAAUUCAGAUGUGUAUUACAUCAUACUCAUGGUGAUUUUUGGCCUUUCAAAUGGAUAUUUGGCAAAUAUCACCUUGAUAUGUGUUCCAAGAGUUGUGGAUGCUGCUGAACAGGAGACUGCAUCAUCUAUGAUGGCUGCAUUCCUCGGGCUAGGGCUGGCAUGUGGUUCAGCUCUUAGCUUGUUGUUGAUUAAAGUGUUGUGAAUUUUUAGCCCGAAUUUGUUUUAAUUUUUUAUGUCAGCAUUUUUUGUGCUGUUUCUUUUACAUUGGUUCAGUACUUGUUCACAUUAACUGCCAUGCAUUAUGUAAUUCGUUACUUAAGUGCCAUUUUUGUUUUAAAAAUGGAUGUUAUACUUCCUUGUAGAUUUCUCUGCAAUGUGAGAAAUUAAUUAAGCUUUGUAAAAGCUGUAUUAUGUAAAACUUGUGGUCCAUGUUGUAAUGACUGCUUAAGUGGAACAGUUGUAUUGUAUGUCCUAAUUCUGACCUGAAAAAUCGUUUUGGACUGUGUGCCAAACCUGACGUACUUGUUGUAUAACAGACCUUCAACCCCUUAUGCUUCCAGGAUAAUACUGACAAUUACUAAUCAGAAUUUCUACUGGAUUUGCAAUUUUAAGUGGUCCUUGUUUCCAUAUUGCUAGAACAUCAGCAAAUAAAAUGAUGUUUGAAAUAGCAAGUGUUUGAAAUGUUAGGUAGACCUGUAUUAACACAAAAAUGGGAAUGUAGAUGUGAACACAAAUACAUUAAUGUUAACUCAGCUAGUGCUUUGAUACGUUCUUCGUCUACAUGAUUACUCUGCAAUUCAGACUGAAAUGUUUGGUAGAAGGUUCGUGGAACAACUUUCAGAAUAACUAAGAUAAAUUUCUCAAUGCAGCCUCUGGUUGAGGAGUGCUUCAGAGCUAUAACAGAAAACCUAAUCCUACACACCAAAGUGUUUCAUUUAUUCUUGACUUUGUUCGCCCCUCUCUUCAGCUUAUAGAAACCUCAUUGAUUGUAGUCUCCAGUACACUUAUAAUGCAUUCCUCCUUUAAAGGUCGCACUGUGAGAUAGAGCUGAGGCCCACUAAAUGGUCCUGCUUCAUAAAUGAUACAUGUGUUAAUUCAUGUACAGCCAAUGUUUCCAUGGAUUUGAAAUAACCUUUUGUGCUGUCCACAGUUUUUUUAGGUUUUCUCCCAGUGGUCUACAUAUAAGGAAAUAGAUGUAUCCCAUUUGACAUUUGGUCUUAGUCAACUGCUCACUCCUUUCCCAAUCUUUUGAUCCUUCCCCAACUAAACCUUAAUCUCUGAAUAAGGAACAUAUAUGGGAGUAGUUAUAAAAGUUUUAAAAAUCACCUCAAAAAUAGAUGGAGAUGAGAGAAAACAUUUUUGAAAAAUGGAGUUUGUUCUAGCCAGUCUUACGUGAAAUUGUUAACUAGUUCUGCCUUCAAAUUCAAGGCCAAGUUCAAUAUUAUACCAGGGAAAGCCUUCAGUUAAUCCAAUGGAACAUUUCUCCAUGAAUGCCACUCAGUGUUUUCAAACAAUGGAAACUCUUAAGUUGGAAUAUCAACAUUAUAAGGAAAAGGAUGGAUUACUGUUCACUGUAGAGAUGACACCAUGACUGCUGUCUCCAGCAGCUUGGACUGGGAUGCAGUCUUCUCAUUCUACCUGUCUGCAACUUAGUGUGCCAUCUUUAUGGUAGGUAUCAAUCUAUACUUUUCCUUAUCUUGUUGACAUUGAGUGUUUUGUAGGCAGAGUGACUUUCUUUAUCUUUUCUUUAGUGUACAUAUUUGUAGUAUUCACAAUGUCACUAAUAAGAUUGUCAGUAAAGAAGAAUUGGAAAUGUUCUAGUCUGCAUUUUGGUCAAACACCAUGAGGAAUGGUGAAACCUUGAUGUGUGACAGGAAAAACAAACUUCAUGAAAUCACCCUUGCCAUCGUGAUAUCUUACACGUACUUGAUACAGGCUGUGUAUCUUCAUCACUUUCACUCCAUCAGUAGAGUCUGGUUUGCUAGAACUUAUAUCACUGACCACAGUGCAAAAUUUCUUCUGAUCACUUAAUUCUCCUUCAUGCUUAGUGUCUUCGAGGGGCCUUUCUGGCAAUAUCAUCAUCACAUGUUUUCUACCAGCUAUUAUCUACCACAAAUGUUAGAAUGCAACACACUUGGAGUUACACAUCUUUAUUCCAAGUGCUGCUGUUCACCUAGCACACUCCAACAAUGGAGCGGAUGGAAAACACAGUAAUGGAAAUCUGUUAUACAUCAUCCGUCAUCUGAGCCAUUGUGGAAAAUCAUAAUGAUAGACGUAGUGUGAUAGUAGAUCUGAAAGGGUUAGAGCAUUUAACAAAGUACGUUAGUCUGGUUCUCUUUGAUGUUCUUCAUAUUUUUAAGAUUUGAAACUGAAGGAUCAGAUAUCAGUUCCCUAAAGCAGUAUGAUUCAAUUCCAAAAAAUCAGUUUGAAGGUUAGAUUUCCAACUGCUGUCAAGUCUAAAACAGUUAAAGUGCACUAACAAUGCGAUCAGUAACUGUGAAUCUAGAGUAAUGUCUAAUAAUACUAAAGUCACUGGUUUGAAUCUCAUUAGCAGCAACUUUAUAUUAUUUAUUUUAUAAUUUGGUAUAAAACAUCGAACAGGAAAGUAAAUAAUUUAUACCUAGAGUGCUCAGUAUUAUAAGUGUGCGUAUCUCCUUUAUUAAAGAAUUAUGAUUCAGUAUUUUUUAAUGUCUCCAUUAAUUUUUAAAUGUGAAAUUUAAAUAAAAGCCAAAAAGCUGCUUUAGGUGAGAUUCCUACCAGUGACUUUAUUGUUUGUAGUUAGCAGUGCUCGAAAAUCUUAAUGUUCAGGUUGAGCUUCUUUUUUUAAAAAAAAAAUGCAUCUUACUGCUCUGAGAAACUAAAGUCUUUGCACUGACAUUCAAACCCUGAAAGUAUGGAGAAAAUUGGAGGAGGCCAUUCCGUAUGGUCUCCUUGUAAGUUGGAGAUGUUGCUGUAAAAGAAGAGGAAAAUUUUCUAUUCAGUAAUGUUUUAAUCAAGUAGUUUAAUGUCGAUGAUAUGCUUCCUUCCCACACCCACCCAUCCCAGUCUGAUAGUUCAUUUUUGCCUGUUUCUUAAGUCCUGUAGAGAUUAAAUAUAUCCAAAACCCUUCAGUUGUUUGUCUUACACUUCCUUGUCUUCUAUUUUAUCUAGGGAAUCUUACUAUGUUUUCAUUCAGUACCAAACAAACCAACCCUGAAUUUACAUGAAAAGCCCUUGGGUUUCAAUUGGCUUAAAAUGUUGAAAUGCCAUGCCAUUGUGAUGAGUGUUGGAAGAUGAUAGAUGAGACACUCACACUUCAACCUGGCAGGAAAUUAGCUUUUUAUCCAGCAGUUUACACUGGGAAAAUCUUCGUUUAUAAUUUUUAUUUUGUGAAAUAAAAUUUUCAUAAUUGUAUGGUCCAGCUCAACAUCAUUACUGUUUGUAGUAGUUUUUGAAUGUAUUUUAUUUUUAUUGCAAAGAAAGUGUAAUGUCAAAAAUUAUUUUAGUCUUGUCAAAAGUCUAUUAUUUAGUUUCUUCUUUUAAAAUAAUAAUUUUCAUGUUCAUUUAGUCAGUGAUUUGAAAUUGAGAUGUAUCUAAAUAUAGUUUCAAUACCACGUCUUGCAUUUUCUCAAUUUAAUACUGAGCUUAAAUGAUUUAGUCCCAGGUAGUUCUUAUCAUAGUACAAUUCUAACUUUAUUUUUAUAUUAUAAAUGUAAUUUUAUUUUAAAUUUUCAUUACAUAUGUCUAAAUAAUUUCUCUCAUGUAAAACUGCUGGGCAGUGGGAGCAGUUUUAGAAUUUCCUAUGUUUUACUCAAAUAUUUUGUUCAUAUUUUAAAUGCUACAGCACUGAAAACAGUCAGUAUUCAAUAAUUUUCUUCGGAUAUGGGUCCACAGAUGCUUAAACUUGUAUGAAAUAGCUCCAUAAUCAUCUGCAUUUGUGAACUUCCCGAUAACUGUUUCAGGUGGUUGUGAAGCCAUUAAAAAGAUAGUAUUAAACCUCUGGUUGUGUGAUAUAAAUAUAUUGUUGCCAUACAGAUGUGUUAAAUGUGUAACUGCAUUUCUGCACUGAAAAUGCUGAAACUGCAUUUGGCUCCUGAGGAAGGCAUGAUACUCUGUUUUUUACUGUUUGUUUUCACUCUUAUCACAGAUGUCAAUUAAGUUAAACUUUUGGAGAAAUACUAACACAUGAAUUCAUAUCUGACAGUUUAUUGGGUAAUUAAAAAUGUGAAACUAGACAGAAUACAGAUUGGAAAGAAAUAUUGUAUAGUAAAUAGCACACCCAAAAUAUGACCCGAGUGGAUAUAAUACAUGUAGUUACACUUAGGUAGGACCUAAUUAUGGCCCCGUUUUACAGUUAUCACUUCCGAUGCAGAAACAAUAAUUGUAAUUAAUUAAUUAAUUAAUUAAUUGGUUCUGUGCCAGGCACAUGAAUAUAUAUAAAUUGUCUUCACAUUUGUGUCAGUUUUCAACACAACUCUAUUCUGUCUUCCAUUUAUGCUGUAUCAUAAUGUAGUAUACUGUCUGUAAUAUGUUGCUAUAAGCCACUGCAGUGUCAUUAAAGUACCUGAAGAAUAAAAGUGAAUGUUAAUGCAUCAA